AUGUCGGUCGGGAAGAUAUCGGAAUUCGAUAUAGAAACGGACAAUUGGCGUUUAUAUGUGGAACGAUUAGAACAAUAUUUUAUCGUCAAUAACAUUAGUAGGGAAAUGCAAGUACCGACGCUAGUGACAGUGAUGGGGGCCAGAAGUUAUGAGCUCAUAGUAAACCUGUGCACCCCAGAUAAACCCACAAGUAAUUCAUUUGAUGAGUUGGCAGUGAUCAUGGAAAAACAUUUGCAACCACGCCCAAGUAUAUUGGCUGAGCGUUACAAAUUUCACCAAAGGAAACAAAUGAAAGACGAGAAGAUAUCAGAUUACAUAGCAGAAUUAAAGAAGAUGUCCAGAACAUGUGACUUUGGACAAUGGCUGAAUGAGAGUCUCCGCGAUCGAUUAGUAUGUGGAUUAGCGAGCGAAACGAUAAGGCAACGGCUGUUUGCAGAAGAUAAAUUAGAUUUUAAUAAAGCAUGCAGUUUAGCAUGGAGUAUGGAGGCAGCGGAGAAAGAUGCGGCCUUGACUGAAGGGCAUAGCGGGUCAAAAAUGAUGUCAGCGGAGUGUCAGAAGAUAACGGAGGUGAACGGGGGUGAACGAGGAUCGUAUAAGACUACAGCUGAAGCAGGCAACUGGCCGGGGCGGCCGGGUCGGCCGGGUCGGCUGGUUCGGCCGGGUCACAGCCAGAGCGGGAGCAGGGGCACGGCGCGCGCGGCUGUCGCGGCCGUGGCAGACAGGCGGGGCUGGCGACGACAGUGUCAAGCAUGUGGCGGCGAUCACGAAGCGGCUACUUGA